AAGGCGAAAAACAGAUAACAUUGGGGCAGGUUAUUUGGAGGGUUUUAUACUUGAUUACAUCAAGAAUAUGUCCAGAAAAAGAGCCACGGCAACCUCCAGUACCGUCAAAGAGCGCCAUUUCUCAACGACAGAACGCCGUCGGCUGCUUCUACCUCAUAAUAAUAAUCCUUGGCUGGUAAAGAAUUUAUUCUGCCUCUUUCUUCUGAGUUUGGUAACAACGGUGGCAGUUGUGAAAUUCUUUACCUUCGUUCAACAACCAUCGUACAACGCCAAAGCCAUGUCGUCAAGCGGAUCCAAAAUUUUGGUUUACGGAGGUCGAGGCGCCCUUGGAAGUGCCAUUAUUAAACAUUUUAAAGCAAAGAAUUAUUGGGUUGGAAGUAUUGAUCUGGCAAAUAAUGAAGAAGCGGAUGCCAAUAUUUUGGUGGCUCCUGAAUCCACUUGGGUGGAACAGGAAAAAGCUGUCCUCGAACAUGUUGCCAAAGUACUAGAUGGCCAAACACUUGAUGCUAUUUUAUGUGUGGCUGGAGGCUGGGCAGGGGGUAAUGCAGCUCAUGCAGAUUUUGUGAAAAAUGCUGACCUUAUGUGGAAACAGAGUGUCUGGUCUUCUGUUCUUGCUUCAGCCAUUGCCUCAAAGCAUUUGAAAGAAGGGGGAUUGCUUACACUUACUGGAGCUAAACCAGCUUUGGAAGGCACACCGGGCAUGAUUGGCUAUGGGAUGGCAAAGGCAGCUGUGCAUCAGCUAACAAAGUCCUUGGCUGCUGGGGAUGGAGGUCUUCCUAAAGAAUCAUCUGUUUUGACCAUCCUCCCAGUCACCUUGGACACUCCAAUGAACCGUAAAUGGAUGCCUAAAGCUGAUCAUUCCACAUGGACUCCUCUUGAAUAUGUUUCAGAGUUGAUGGAGAAAUGGGCAAAUAAAGAAGAACGACCUGCCAGUGGCAGCCUAGUUCAACUACUUACCGAGGCGGGCAUAACCAAAUUGGUUCUAGCUUAAUUCUGUUAGGACAGUCAAUUUUUAAAGGCGGCUGGCAUCAUAAUCAUUCUAUAUAAUCUUGCCAAAAAGGUAUUACUCAGCAAAUGACCAUAUUGUGAUGCUUUGUGAGUAGUCUUGAUUUAUCUGGUGUUUCAUGGGGCUUUUUGAUAAUUCUAUUCAAUGUUUAAAUAUCUAAACCUUUCCAUGUUUGCCAUAAAUGAAAAAUCACUCAAAUGGA